AGCUGGUUGGUUGUGGAAAAGCUACCCACGACUUUCUCUGCGUCUCCAUUUCACAAAAAGCAAAGCUUGCUUCCACCGCUGGCAAUCUCUGCAGCUUGGCUCCAUGGCUACAUACUCGCAGUCACUCUCCCUCUUCAUCGUCUUUACCAUCGCUGCAAUUCACGGUUCUGCCGACCUCGUUCUGGAAGAUGGAUAUACAGUGCGUACAGUGUUCGAUGGUCACAAGCUUGAGAUAAACCCUCACUCCAUCCUCCCUCGAUACGGAUCGUCGGAUUUCAUCAUCCUCGAUUCGUCCAAGAGUGUUUUCUACACUGUUACCUCUCCCCUAUCCCAAGAGAGUGAAAUUAAGCGGUUAUCCGGCAGUAGCGCCGGAUUCUCGGAUGGCGAUUCGGCGUCGGCCAUGUUCAGUAAGCCGCGAAGCUUUGCGGUUGAUCUGAAAGGGAAUGUUUAUGUCGCCGAUCAGAGCAAUGGCGUUAUUCGGAAGAUCACCAACAGAGGCGUGACUACCACAAUUGCUGGAGGUUACGCGCAGAAGACGGGCAAAGUGGAUGGGCCUGCACAGAAUGCUUCCUUCUCUAAAGAUUUUGAGCUGGUUUUUGUUCCUGAAAAAUGCGCGGUGCUGGUCUCGGACCGUGGGAGUCAAUUGGUUCGCCAGAUUGAUCUGAAGGUGGAGGAUUGCCGUAGGAGCCCUCAAUCUGUAUUAGGAGGGGCCUUCCUUUGGGUUCUUCUGGGACUUGGAGUUUCAUGUUUAGUUGGCUUUAUUGUUGGGAUCAUAAGUCGUCCUUAUGUAAUUCCUCAUGAAGUCUUCUGCCCACUCUUUUUCAGCAAGACGUGGAAGCAUUGCCUAAUCCAUCUGGGGAAACAAGUACUGAUGCUCUGCUUCGACAUCAGAAGCGUAAUUGCUAGCUCCAUGUUUUAUGCACUCCUAAGGAGGCUCAUUUCGUUGAGCUUAUCCCAUCUUUCUCUCAUGUUCAGAAUAAAUAUAUUAGAAUCUCAGUUUUCACGGAAGGAAUCUGUAUCCUUGCUUGAUUCUGAUGACUCAUGUAUUAGUGAACCAACAAUACCGCAAAUGAAGGAUUUGGCAAGCUUUGAUAGAAGCUUGCAAUUACCAGACACAAGCAGUAAAAUAUUCAUGCAGAAAAAAUCACAUAGGUUUGCAGAUCAAUUGGAGGACUUGAUGACUUUUAAUGGAAGCUCAGAAUUAUCAAAUGCGACUGACAGAAUCUUCAAGGAAGGAGAUGAUGAUCAAGGAAAGAGAGAUAUUUCACCUGAAACCUGUGGAAGGAUAGAAAGCAUGAUAGAGGCUAAUUUUAUGGGUUUUGUGGAGCAGGCUAAAGUUACCACUCCUGUGGAGUUGUGUUCAUCAGGCAAUACAGGUUUAGUCAAGAGGAGAUGAAAGUGGUUAAAGGCUUUGUCCAUGUUGAAUCCCUUUUCUCUACUUGUGUGAAGUGUUUUAAUUUUCUGAACAUGAUUAUGCUGCUUAAAUGAUAUGUAAAUAGUUGGAUUUUCCGCCUGUUCCUU